CGUGCACAUUUUCUUUUUCACAUAUCCUGCCAUCAGAUUUUUCUCUACUCGUGACUAAUGAGAAGUUCAAUUUCUCUUUCCCUCUUCAGACGCCAAUUCUUAAGUAGCUUGGCUUGCAACAAGAUUUCUUCAUCCUCAAUAAUGGAGAAAGUUUCAGCGGGUGCGGAUGGAUUCAAUCGGACGACUGAGCGCGAUCUUAAAGAAGCGGGCGAUUAUGAUUCAAAGAAACGCAUAUCUGAUGAUAUAAUGCCUCACAUUCUGCGUCUAUAUGGAUCCUGUGCAACAGCUGUUGACUUUGAAAUCUAUGCCCCAGAUGCUUCUUUUGAGGAUCCACUUAUGAGUGCACAUGGGUUGAAACAAAUCAAAUCAGCAUUCUAUUCUCUGCCCAAGGUAUUUAGUGAGUCAAGAAUUGUUGACUACAGUGUUGAAGAAAAUGUGAUUUCUCCAGGAAAACAAGAGAUAUUAAUAGACAGUAAGCAGCACUACAAGUUCUUGGGGAAGGAUAUUGAUUUGGCAUCACUUAUUAAGUUAUAUGUUGCAAACGGUAAAGUUAUUCGCCACGAAGACUGGUGGGACAAAAAACCACUCAGGAAUAAGGAAACAGUGAAGCUGCCUCUCCUUGGCCGAGUUGCAGAAAUGGCUCGUAGGGGUUCAAUGCUGGCAACACAUGUUUUCAUGGGCUUCGGGAAGGAUCCAAAUGUGUGAACAAUUUUAGACUUCAGGGCUGUGUCGUGUGUCUGUGUCAGUGUGUAGAGCUUUAUAUCAUAUAGGGGCUUGCUUCCACAUGAGUGUUUGAUUUCGAGUUUUUGGUCUGUUCACUUUAUGGGGGAGAUCAACAAGCCAUAUAUAUUUACCUGUUUAAUCUUUCCCAUGGCUUGUGUGGAUGCUUCAAUGUUAUACUUUGAGAGGAUAUAUGUUAGUGUGCUAUAAAUUAAUAACUAGGUUCUGGGCUA